AUGUGGAUCACACUUUUUUUGGUGCUUUAUCUUCCCAAUGCCCUCUGGUCCUGUGGCUUUUUGCAACUUCGCGCUGGCUUAUCUCGCAAAACCACUUAUCCCUUCAACUCAUACCUCAUGCCAGAAACAUACGCCUUCAUCGACGCAGAAGAUAUCCUCUCAUGGGACGAACUUUCCACAGAUGAUGAGCACCCGGUGAUUGCACCCGUGCAAUCCUCGUCUCAAAACUCGCCUUCUACGUCCACUUGUCAUAAGUACCUCGAAUUUACAGAUAUGAAUCCUACUACUUUCCAUGUGGUCCGCCACUUUGCCAAACUCCUUGAUGACAACGGAUUUGUGUUCAUUGAUGAGCAAGAACCCAUAACUCCCGAGUUGGAAGCCCAGAUCAAUGCGGGGGGCAAGUUCUACACCCUUCGUUCCGACUUGACAAUUCUUCCGUUUGUCAUUGGAGGCAAGUGGACCGCCACCCAAGGUGUGGGGCUUGCCGGGUGCCACAUCGAUGCCUUGACCGCCAAGCUCAAGCCGCUGAGCUUGAAGCCAAAGGUCGAUGGAUAUGAGCUUUUGGGUGUAACAGGAUAUAGUGGAGGGUUGGACCAUCUUCGUCUCGACCGAGACUUGGGACUCGGUGGGGCCGUUCUCAUACGCCGCAAGGACGGUACUUACGCCCGAAAAUUGGUAACAUCUCCAUGGCCAAUUGCCCGGGUCCCGUCUCUCGCAGAGCAUUUUGGUGUGGAUGCAAAGUACAACCCCGAGACAGAAAUGGUACCGGUUAUAGGGUUUGACACCGAGCCUGAAGUCCCAAUUGACCAUCCCUUAGCUGACCGGCACCUGGCGAAGCUCUUGCGGUACGUGAGCUCUAUCUCUGACGUUCCGGUGGACGAUAUUGUUGAGCUUGAACUUGAACUUUACGAUACGCAAAAGGCCGUUAUUGGGGGGCUUAAGGGAGAAUUUGUGUUUGCCCCACGGUUGGAUGACCGUUUGUGUUCCUGGGCUGCCAUAUAUGGGCUUAUUGAAUACGCCAAUUUGUAUGAUUCCGAUUCGUUAGCUGCUCACGACGGUUUGAGUAUGGUUCUAUUGGUCGACAGUGAGGAAAUUGGCAGUGGCACCCGUACGGGAGUGAAGGGCAAGUUUCUCAAUGCCACCAUCGACAAAAUCCUUGUGAUCAAGAAACAGCCUCCAGUGCAGUCGGUGGUUUUUGCCAACUCGAUACUUCUUUCGGCAGAUGUAACGCAUUUGAUGAACCCCAAUUUCAAGUCGGCAUACUUGGACAAGCACUAUCCGUUGCCCAACACCGGGAUGACGAUCAAAAUCGAUGCCAACGGUCAUGUGGCCAGUGAGUAUGUAGGGUAUAACUUAUUGAAGACACUCACCAGUCAGAACCAAUUGAAGCUUCAACAGUUUCAUAUCAGAAACGACGCCAGUCUGGGAGGCACCAUUGGACCAUAUUUGGCGACUGCUACGGGUGCAAGGGUUAUCGACAUUGGUCUUCCCAUAUUGUCGAUGCACAGUGUCCGUGCCAUGUGUGGACUGGAGGAUGUACAGAAUGGAGUGGACUUUUUCAAAGCAUUUUUCGAGGGAUGGAGGCAAGAGUACAACAAGUACAGGGGGUUAUAGAGCAUGUGUCAACUGGCAUAUUCUACGAGCGUACAAAUCAAAUAUUAAAGGCCCAAGACACCACUCAGUAAAACGACAAUUCUAUGAAACCAACUAUUAUUGGUAAUAUUCAGACUCCUAUCAACUCACAAGCACCUUGUCUACGUAAUGGUAUUGAUACCGUUACACCCGAUAUUUCAAACGUCUGUCACCUCACGUUACAAUCCAUACGCAACAAUGUCGAUUUGCUACAUAGCUACUACUAUUCAUUCAUCAUUAAUUACUCAUAAACCCAUCACACACUGCCAACAACAGCCGUAGCAAACAUCAACGACCCCAAUAUCACGUACAACUUGACCGUAACCAUAUCAAGAGUGGCAGCCGCACUGUUAUCUUCUAAUGAGCCUGAGUUUCCCAGUGAACUGGAAGCAGCACUGCUACUGGUGGUAUCGGCCGCCGAACUUAAUAUCGAGUCACUGGCACUCUCCAACGUUAACGUUUGUGGCAGCGACGAGUAUUCACCGAUUUGGUCCAUUGAGUAAUUGCUCUCGUCCAAUAACAACCCGUUAUCACUGCUGACAGCCUGGUUCUUCAACUGGUCGGCAGAGGAAAUGAGUGCAAUGUUGGUGACACGCAGCAAGUCUUCCAAGCUGGACAUGGUGGGUGUCAGUAAAGAUGUGGAGUCGAUUAGUAAACUCAUUGGAAAAUACGUGUGUUGAUAAUUUUAUGUAAUGCAAAUAUAGGAAGUAGAUCAGGAAUUAUAAGAUCCCUAGGCGAGGUGAUUUCUAAAUGAUGGACACAGUGGGACUGUUAAUUAGGGAGUAGAAAAAAGUAUGUAC